AUGGCUCCGGGAGACAGGGAAAGGGAGGAGGGGCCGGCCAAGAGUGCCCUCCGGAAGGUCCGGACAGCCACCCUGGUCAUUAACUUGGCUCGAGGGUGGCAGCAGUGGGCAAAUGAGAACAGUACCAGGCAGGCCCAGGAGCCCGUGGGGUGGCUGCCUGGAGGGACCCCGGACCCAUCCCAAGCCCCCAAAUCAGUAAUAAACCCCGCCCCCACCCACCAGCCCAAGUCUCCACCCCGGAAGGCAGAGGGAUGUGGCAGUGGACUGAACUCAGAGGAAGUCACAGAGGUCUCCCCUAUCAAAAGGAAAGAAGUGACCAAAACGGUUGUCAGCAAAGCUUAUGAGAGAGGAGGCGACGUGAACUACCUUAGCCACAGGUAUGAGCAGGACGGGAACUCGGCUGCACCUGCACAGCCGGAGAAUGACAUCGACAGGAUCCUCCACAGCCACGACUCUCCAACUCGGAGGCGAAGAUGCACCAACCUGGUGUCUGAGCUGACCCAAGGCUGGAAGGUGAUGGAACAGGAGGAGCCCAAGUGGAAGAGUGACAGCGUAGACACAGAGGACAGCGGCUACGGCGGGGAGACGGAGGAGAGGCCUGAGCACGAAGGAGCACAGGUGGCCAGGAUCAAGCGCCCGCUGCCCUCCCAAACAAACAGAUACACAGAGAAACUCAAUUGCAAGGCUCAUCGGAAAUACAGCCAGGUGGACAACCUCAAAGGCAGAUGGCAACAGUGGGCUGAUGAACACAUACAGUCCCAGAAGCUCAAUCCCUUCAGUGAAGAAUUUGAUUAUGAGCUAGCCAUGUCGACUCGCCUACACAGAGGAGAUGAGGGCUAUGGCCGUCCAAAGGAGGGAAGCAAAACAGCAGAACGAGCCAAGCGAGCAGAGGAACACAUCUACAGAGAAAUUAUGGAGCUGUGUUUUGUGAUCCGCACCAUGGCUCGCCACAGCCGAGAUGGCAGGAUCCAAGUGACUUUUGGAGAACUCUUUGACAGAUACGUUCGAAUUUCAGAUAAAGUAGUGGGGAUCCUCAUGCGUGCCAGGAAACACGGACUGGUGCACUUUGAAGGGGAAAUGCUGUGGCAAGGCCGAGAUGACCACGUUGUGAUAACUCUAUUAGAGUAA